UCUCAUUGGUGUGAUCUUUCCAGCCAUGCUGCUGCAGCUGUCUCUCGCUCUCGGGCUUAGUCUCGGGAUUCAGUGGUUUCUGUGGGUGGUGGCAGCGGUGCUUCAAACCGAGAAAUUCUACGAUCUAGCAGGUAGUGGAACUUUCGUACUCCUGUCCCAUGUAAGUCUACGAUGGAUAGGAACAAAGUAUUUGCGGCAGAGGAUUCAAACUGGGUUGAUCACGAUAUGGGCUGUAAGGCUUGGAUCAUUUUUGUUCCUCAGAAUCCUUCGAGAUGGUCAUGAUAGGCGGUUUAAUGGGGUGCGUGAUAACCCCAGAACCUUUUUUAUUUACUGGACAAUGCAAGGUAUUUGGAUCUUUAUAACUCUUCUGCCAUCUUUGAUGUUGAAUCUUGAAAAACGCGACAAACCCUUGGGGUUGGUUGACUAUCUUGGAUGGAGUUUGUGGACCAUCGGGUUUGUAACACAGGCAGUUGCUGACCAGCAGAAAUUGAGUUUUAAAAGUGACCCUGAUAAUGCCGGGAAGUUUAUUCAGAGUGGCCUUUGGGCAUACAGUCGGCAUCCAAAUUACCUCGGGGAGAUCUUACAAUGGAGCGGACUAUUCCUAAGUGCUUCAUCCGUGCUGCAUGGCUUCCAGUACAUUAGUGUUAUAUCCCCUCUUUUUGUUUGGUUUCUUCUUAAUUAUGUCAGUGGAAUUCCUAUACUGGAGAGACAGGCUAUGAAAAGAUGGGGUAAUGACCCUGCAUUUCAGGACUAUAUUAAUCAAACACCUGUUCUCUGGCCAUUUACAUUAUAACGGUCUAGAAUGUUUAUGUGCAUCUCACUGAAGUACCAGGACAAGUGUGAUACCAAGGUACAAUGUUUUAUUACACAUUAAAAAACAUUUGGUCUUCUGUGUCAAA